GUUCUCCUCCCUCACUUGCAUUUCGGAUCACCACAAGACCCUUUCUCUCCCUCUCUCAGCUCAAUAAUCCCAACCCAUCAGCCUCUCUCUCAGCCUUUUGAGAAUUUCAACAACAACCCACCACACAAAAAGCCAAGCAGACAAAAUCCCAAUUCUCCCUUUUGCUUUAUUCCUCUGCUUCUGCCCCUCUCUCCUCUCCUUUCUUUCUGCCUCUGAAUUCUUCUUGGGUUUUCUGAAACCACCGCAAAUUCUCUCACUUUCUGUUAUUCUGUGCCGAUUUCCCAACUGGGUUUCUCUCAUUUUGCUCCUCUGGUUCAUAAAGCAAGAAGCUUUGAUUAUGGUUUUUGUUCUGUAAUGGGUCUCUUUGUUUCUUGUGAAAAGUGGUCAUAGCUAAGUUGGUGUUUUCGGUUCUUGGGGGCUAGUCUUGUUUUUUGAGUUCAAAGGAAAGACAUGGGUGGAGGGCAGAAGAGUGACAAGGAAAAAGUGGAGGAAGAAGAAACUGAUAAUGAAGCAGGUGAGAGAAUUACCAGACAGAUGAGCGAGACCUCUGUUUCUGCAGCUGAGGAUGAUGAUGAUGAAGAAAACAGCAAUAAAAUCCAGUUGGGUCCUCAAUGUACUCUCAAAGAACAGAUUGAGAAGGAUAAGGAUGAUGAGAGCUUGAGGAGGUGGAAAGAACAGCUUCUUGGGGCUGUGGAUUUUGAGAGUGUUGGAGAAACUCUUGACCCAGAAGUAAAGAUUAAUAGCCUCUCAAUCCUCACUCCUGACAGACCCGACAUUGUUCUUGAAGUUCCGGAAAAUGGAAAACCCAAAGGCUUAUGGUUUACCCUGAAGGAAGGUAGUCGUCACAACUUGAAAUUCUCCUUCCAAGUCAGCAAUAACAUUGUAUCCGGCCUCAAGUACACCAACACUGUUUGGAAAACUGGUGUCAAGGUGGACAGCACAAAAGAGAUGAUUGGAACCUUCAGUCCUCAGCCAGAGCCAUACACACAUGUGAUGCCAGAAGAGGUCACACCUUCCGGCAUGUUUGCCAGAGGAUCAUACUCUGCAAGAUCAAAGUUUCUCGACGAUGAUAACAAGUGCUACUUGGAAAUCAAUUACACCUUCGAUAUUCGAAAGGAAUGGGCUGCGCGCUAGCAUAUCUCUUUCAUCCAGCUGAUGUUCUUACUCCGCAAUUACUUUUGAGAUUUUUCCUAUUAAUGACAUCCACUUACUAUUCACUU